UUAAAUACCCUUCCUCAGUAUCGUUAAAUCAGUUUUUAAAUAUUUUAAACACAGCAUAUAAUAAAACGAUCGAUACAAAAGUUUGAAGCGAUUCGAGUUCUAAAUUCGUUUGUUUCAUCAAAUGUUCAGCAUAACCAAAUCGACAUUACAACAUGAUACAUCAUACCCGAUAGGAGAUCUUAUCGAAAGUCUUCAAUACUCUCCUUUGGUUCGUUCUCAAAAUUACACGAGUAGAAAUCGGUUUGGAAAAGCAGUUGCUUUGGUGUGAAUGAUUAAGAAAGUUCUGUCAUCGUUCAAUUAAUUACAGAUAGAACAAUGAACCGCUUGAAAUUCGUACUCGGUAUCAACGUUCCUUGUCGUAUACCAUCCAGUACUUCAAUAAUAUCCGAAAAUCAUACUAAAGAAAUAUGCAAGAAGCACAGUUCAGAGGUGCAGCUGAGGUCAUUAUACAAACCUGGACGUUUCUUCUCAUCACGAACGCGAAGGACGAACGAUUUCAGAAGCUUUCACUACGCAGGACCAUCGAGAAACGAAAUGCUAUACGCGUCCCAGCGUAUCAAGCUGAAGCCAGACUUGAUUUCGUCAAAGAGAACACCAUUGGGGAGAAACUAUCCAGUGGAAUUCGUCCAGCGACGUCGUAAUUCGACGUAUCAAUCCAAAAAAUCGAGCAUCGGCAAACAUCACUUUGUACAGUCUAAUCCGAAGACACUAGAAACUGCAAAAGAUAGGAGGGGCUCGAAGAUCUAUGAAAAGUACGAAGCUGCUUCUUUUCUGGAAAAAGAGCCUCGAACGUAUGCUCAAAUGAUAGCCAGUUACAGUCAGACGAUGUAUACUGAAACUGGCUCUGGUAUUCUAAAAGACGGUCUAAGCACGGCUAUGGUUAAUGGAGUCCACAGAAGUCCGUUCAGCACCUCGUCAGCGGCAUCCUUGAAGUGGAAGAACAGAUCGAAGGGAGUCAAAAACGGGUGUCUCCGCGUUACCAAUCCUAAUACGCUCAAUCAAGAAGCGAAAUUUAGCAGCGACACUUCAACAAUGACCUACGAGUGUCGAAACGAUCGCAAAAACUUCAUCAUGAGUGAUUUUGAAGAAAGUGGCAAGCUGGAACGAGCAUCCUCUUCGUACGCGACGAUCAUAGAAAGGUACAGCAACGAGUUGGAGUUCGAUGAUUGGAACAGCAGUCCGUUACCGAAACGUAACGCACCCAUGGAUCUCAACGACUUCCCCGCGUUGAUGACGAAUACUAAACACAGACCCAUGAAACUUCGAUCUGACAGGAAUGAAAGAAUCACUUCGGGUGAGAGUAAAAAGACGGAGGAGAAGAGUCAAACCGACUGGAUAUCGAAAAUGGAAGACGUGAUAAAGGACCUGAAGAAAAUCACUUCGAAGAACGAGAUGGUUGAUUCGAAGUCAAGCGAGAAAUGGGCGCUGCAGUCGGUGAACGAGCACGCGGAAUGGAUGGACAGGGUGGUCGGCGCCCAUAAGAAGGGAAAAUUAAGAAAGGGCGACAGCGAUGAGCCGAAGAGUUCAACGACGAUGCAAGAAUCAGUGGUUGACGCAGCGAACGAAAAUCGUGGCUCUAAAUCAAACCCCAUAACAAGUUACAUAAAUCGUGGAUCAAUUGGUUCGAGUACGAGCUCCUCGUCCCAAGGACCGACGGGCACCGCAACAGGGUCGACUAAACAGCCGCAAAUUGAACUUCGAAUGACACCUUCGCAAAACGAGUCCGUGGUGUCCAUCAACGUCGACGAGCUGGCAAAAACGGCGGGCACCAGCGCCAAGGAGCAGCUGUCGGUGGUCAUUUCGAACAACGCGAAGCGAGACACGAGUGCCAGCAACGUUCGUUCGAACUUCGACUCAAUGCAGAUAUCCAUCAGCGAGAACACGGUUCCUGUCAAGCAGCUCGAGUUUUCAAUUAAUGGCAAGCCGGUGUCUGAGUUAAAGAGUAUCGUCGCAAGAGCGAAUAAGCUGGAUGUAUUCAGCUCGAUGGAUAAAGUGGAGAUCAGGAUACCUCAAACGGAGAACACUUUCUCGAAACAGCAAACGAACACGAUGAGGACGGGAACGAAUCCGUCACAAGUGUUGAAUCUUCAAAUCGCUGCGAAAUUUAACGAACCCCGUAGUCAGCAGCCCAAAGAUACUGGGAUAAAGACCUCUACCACUGCUACUCCGUCUUCUGUACCUUCGUCAUCGUCUAAUCCACCGAAACCAACACCAACGCCCACGCAAGUUCCUCCCUACAAACUUCCAAGAAUGCAAAAUUUCGCUUCAAAGACGAACGAUGAGGCGGCAAAAAUAACGAAAAGUCCAGAAGAUGUCGCCACGACGAAGAAAAUUAAUGAUUCACCUUUAGAAGAUAGUAGAGAAAAGAUUGGCACAUUAUCAGCCGUGGAAUCUGACGAGGGUGCGGUUCAGAGAGCAAACGCGAAAGUGGCAUCGAACGCUUCUCAGCCUUCAUCGAUGAAUGACAAUUCUAGGCCGGUGAUUUCUAACGACGAUCGCACUUCUUCGAAUAUUAUUCCAUGGUGGUCGUCCGAAGAUUCCUUCAGGAAGAUUAAAAAGAAAGGGGACACUUCGAAAAAUGUAUCCGCGUUCGAUGAGAAGUUAAUGAAGAAGAUCGAAGGAGAUACCGGUGCGGAGAGAAAAUUCGACCAGACGUACAAACCCGGUGGCCAAUUUAUCGAUCUUGUAAAUGUUCCAAAACUUGAAACACCCGCGAAAGAUUUGACUCCAAAGAAUCUGCUCUCUAAAGAAAAGAAAAAUUCAUCCGAUGCUGGUAAUUUUCAAAAAACUGAACCACCUGUAAAGGAUUCAGCAACGAAACCUGUACCCAAAGAAAACGAAGAUUCGUUUAAUUCUUCUAAUGAGAAUUUUCGCGCCGUUCGGGUCCGAAGUCUCCGACAAUCUGCGAGAAUUAAACGUAGCAGUGGCGCGAGAGCUUCGAACCAGAUGAAUCGGGUGAAGAAAGUCAGAUAUCGUGUGAAAAGGCCAAGAACUACGAAGGUUGUUAAUAAAGGAAUAGAAAAGCCGAUCGUUUCUGCGGUGCGAUCUCCGAAGAUCAUCAAAUACGUUCCCGUGAAUGCAAAAAGGAUUUCUGGAAACGAAAAAUCAGAAACUAAAGCGAUUGCUGCUGGUCCGAAAAAUGAAGAGGCAUCCAAAGCGGGUACGAAGGUCGAGAAAGUUGCUGAGGAUGCGUCAACGACGGGUAAAACAAAUGUACAGGAUUCAAACACGGUAUUCAAAACGAAAGACUUAAAGAAACCAGCUAAUGAAUCUGCCGAUAUUUCAGCAACCUCUUCAGCUGCUAAAGAACAAGGAGAAAGAGAUGAAAGUAGAAGGGAUUUGCCAAGUAGAAGAGAAUCGAUCGAAGACGAGCCAGAUCAACGAAUUAAACAAAUUCUAAAAUCCCUGAAGCCGAUCGAGAAGAGGAAGGACGGUACUUUGAUAGAUUACGGUGUGGUGUUGCCUUCGAGAAAAUCAUCGACGAAGUUUGGACAGGUUUCGAAGUCCCGCAGUAUUAGUAAAUUUGAUAUGAAAAAGGAACCAUCGAAUCAGGAAAAGAUUGUUGAACCACAGAAAGUAACCUCCACGAAAAAGAAAAUGUUAACAGAACCUAAAAGUGAGGCACAGGUGAAAAUUGUAGAACCAGAGAAAAUAUCUUCGGUUAGAAAACCAAAUGAAAUAACGGAUUUUGAAAAGAAAUAUACAAAAAAUGAAUUGAGUACAUCUAAGGGAAAGAAAGAAACUUCUGAAGAAAAAUCUGUAAUUUCAGUGAAAAAGAAUAAUUUGAUAAAGCAUGAUACCCCGAAAUCUAUGGAAUCUAAGAAAAAUUCUGAUAAUCAAUCAGAGAAAGUGAAAACUACGCAAAUAGAAGGGACAUCGUUCAAAGCCAACGACAAACCAAAAAAUGUAUCUUCCGAGGAUAGAAUUAAUUCAUCGAAAGUGACAGCCCCUAGAGAUGAAGGAUCACAAAGUCCUUUAAGACCGAAAAAUAAAGAGAAGCCAUUAGAAGGUACAUUUUCUGUACAAUCUUCCAAAGCUUCUACAAAAUCCAGUGAUACUAAUGUCACAAAUGUUUCUAAAUCACAGUCAGCUGAUAAAUCAAAAAAUAUUACAUCUCCUGAAAAACAGGAUUCAAAAAUUACAAAAUCAGAAUCUCAAGAAAAGGCAAAAUUAAAAGGGUCAUAUUCUGUACCACCUUCUAAAGUUUCCAUAAAGGUCAGUGAUAUUAAUGCCAAUGUUUCUAAAUCACAGUCGCCUGAUAAAUCAAAAAAUAUUACUACAUCUCCUGAAAAACAGGAUUCAAAAAUUACAAAAUCAGAAUCUCAAGAAAAGGCAAAAUUAAAAGGGUCAUAUUCUGUACCACCUGCUAAAGUUUCCAUAAAGGUCAGUGAUACUAAUGCCAAAGUUUCUAAAUCACAGUUGCCUGAUAAAUCAAAAAAUAUUACUACAUCUCCUGAAAAACAGGAUUCAAAAAUUACAAAAUCAGAAUCUCAAGAAAAGGCAAAAUUAAAAGGGUCAUAUUCUGUACCACCGUCUAAAAUUUCCAUAAAGGAUUCAAAAAUUGCAAAACCAGAAUCACAAGAAAAAAGAAAUUUAGGAUCACUUCCUGUACAACCUUCUAAGAUUUCCAUAAAGCCCAGCAAUACUAAUAUUACCAAUGUUUCUAAAUCACAGUCGCCUGAUAAACCCAAAAAUAUUACUACAUCUUCUGAAAAUCAGGAUUCAAAAAUUACAAAACCAGAAUUUCAAGAAAAAAAAAAUUUAGGACCACUUCCUGUACAACCUUCUAAGAUUUCCAUAAAGCCCAGCAAUACUAAUAUUACCAAUGUUUCUAAAUCACACUCGCUUGACAAGUCAAAAAAUAUUGCUAAACCUGUGGAAAAACAGAAUUCGAAAAGUACAAAAUCAGAAUUUCUAGAAAAGAUAAAAUCUGGACCACUUCCUGUACAACCUUUUAAGGAUUCCAUAAAGGCCAGCGAUACUAAUAUCACUAAUUUUUCUAAAUUAAAACCACUUAAUGAACCAAUGUCGCGAGCACGAUCUGCUGAACAGACAGAAUCAAAGCGCACUCUAAAGUCAGUAGUUCCAGAAAAGGUUCCAUUAGAAGGAACCAUUCCCUCUUCUCGCGGUCUAGAUAGAACGGCAGCCAGAAUCGACCCUCUUCCCUUAAUGGGUACUAUUGUCUCUCCUUCUCCUCAGAAAUCAAGCGAUAAAGGAACGAAAAACGAUGGCAAAUCUGAAGAGUCAAACGUUCGAUCAGAAAAGAAAGUGAUCGAUACCAUAAUGGCACCUCUCGAAGGAACCAUUAAUAAUGAGUCUACAAAAAAAUUGGAUAAUCUGAUGAGUCUCGAUAGUACCAGAAAAGGUAAGAAGACAAUUUCUGAAAUCAUUAAACAAAAAAAAGAAGAACUUGGUACGAAAUCAAGCACAAACUCUUCUUCAAGUAAAAGUGGAGGCAGUUCUGGACCCAAUGGCCCUGCAAAUCCUCCUACAGGACCUGCUGGUCUCCGAUCUUCAAGGAUGUUUACUGUGUCACUAAUUUGCUCGAAGACAACUGUUUCGUGUAUGCCGGAGGAAUCGGAUAGAAUUGAGGAAGAAAUGUGUAAUGGAAUAUCUAACCAGGAUUAUAAUCAAGAAACAAAAUUGUAUUCGAACGAAACUAAGAGAUCAGAGAAGGAUAUAUUAUAUUCAUCCUGGUUGCAACGUUUCGAGAAUAAACUUUGCGAUGGCAAGAUUGUUUGAAAUGAAGGCUUUCGUACGAUAAACGAAGAUUCUUCAGAGAUUUUUAUAUAUUAUUUCUACUCGCUAAUGUAACUGCUGAAACUUUUUAUUUAUGUUUAUUUGUAAUAUUAGAUUAUUUUAUAUUAUGUCUUUUGAGAUAUCACGUGUACUGUAUACAACGAAUUUUAUCACAGAAAUUGUAUUAAUAAUAGACAAAUAUAAAACCAACCUUGGAAAAU